AUAUCUAUUUUUGUAACACAUUUGAAGCCAAUAGUCGACGACUGCAUUGAAUUUAUCGUGAUAUUUAUGUCGAAAUGUUCGGCAAAAAGAAGAAAAAGCCGACUAUUUCUUCGCCGACCAAUUUUGAACACAGAGUUCACACGGGAUUUGAUAGACGCGAAGGCAAAUUUGUUGGAUUACCGCCGCAAUGGUUGUCUCUAAUCCAAGGCAACAGCAAUUCAUUCCGUCCGCGACCUAUUAUCGACCCGUCAAACAUCACUCAAACCGAGAUUAUGGACAUCAAGUCUCAGACGAUAAUUCGCGGCAAUUCUGUGGCUACCACUCAAUCGGUUGGCCGAGCAUUGGUCACGCGAUCCAAUUCAUUAAGAAAAGCUGAUUCGCCGCCAUCUCUUCGUCCUAAUCGAGUGCCACCACCGCUGCCUGAAAACGAUGUGCUCGACGGCGGAUCCAAUCCUACAGCGAGCGGACAAAUACAGCCAUCAAUGCCAUUUCCAGUGCCUCCAACAGCCGGUCAACAUAUACAUCAUAAUUACAAUCACAAUCAUCUCAUGAAUCAAAAACAAUUACAUUUUAAUCAUUUUCGCAAUAAUCAGCCGCCAAUGGCCGGCCACAUGUCGGGUCAUAAUUUAAAUUUAAUGCAACCAACGAUUAAACAACAGUUAAAUCUUAAUUUAAAUCAAAACUUUAAGAAUGGCUAUAACUCUAACACUUCAUCUGUUAAUAGCAAUUCUCCAAAUACUAACAUUAAUUCAAAUAAUAAUAAUAAUAAUAAUUAUAACAACAAUAACUCCAACAACAAUACUAAUACUACAAUCGCAAACAACAACAAUAACAUCAAUAAUAACACAACUGUGAACAAUAAUAACUGGAGUACCAAUAGAACCAAGUUUUCAAUGCUUCCUCAGCCACAGCAGCCUAUUAUACCUCAGCAGCCAUUCCAUAACAAUCAGUCACAUCAACAUCCAUCACAAGCCAUUCAGCUAACACCACCUCAUCUACCAAUAAAAGGACAGUUAUCACCACAUCAUCAAAACCAACAAAGAGCAAAAUCGCCGGUAUCUAUACCACAGCUAACUCAACAUUCAAAUACACAAAUUAAUGAUCAAAUAGUAGCUAAUGGACCACAAAUGCCUUAUCCAACCACAACAAUGCAUUCACAACAAAAAGUGAUGACCGCAAAUCCAGCCACACAACAGAAUAAUAGUCAAAAUGCUUAUCCAACUCAUCAAAGCUUAGGAGCACAUCAUCCACAACAACAAACAAUUCCAAUGACUGUUCCCAAUGCUGGACAAUCUUUGAGAUCGCAAUCUCCUCAACAGCAGCCGUCACCACAUUUACCACAAUCCAGUCAAGACACUCCAGGACAACCAUCCAAUGCACAAGCUAUUCCAGCACAGACACAACAGCGCCUUUCUCACGAACAAUUUAGAGCAGCUCUUCAAUUAGUAGUCAGUCCAGGAGAUCCCAGAGAAAAUCUGGAAAACUUUGUUAAGAUAGGAGAGGGAUCAACUGGAAUUGUAUGCAUUGCAUUGGAAAAGAGUUCUUCACGUCAGGUGGCCGUCAAGAAAAUGGAUUUACGAAAACAACAGCGAAGAGAACUAUUGUUUAAUGAAGUGGUUAUUAUGCGAGACUAUCAUCACCCAAAUAUUGUUGAAAUGUACGAUUCAUUUCUGGUCGACGAUGAGCUUUGGGUGGUUAUGGAGUUUCUCGAAGGCGGCGCUCUCACAGAUAUUGUCACUCAUUCACGUAUGGAUGAGGAACAGAUCGCCACUGUUUGCAAACAGUGUCUCAAAGCUCUGGCUUUUCUUCAUUCACAAGGAGUCAUCCAUAGAGACAUCAAAAGUGAUUCAAUAUUACUUGCGAGUGAUGGCAGAGUAAAAUUAUCUGAUUUCGGAUUCUGUGCACAAGUCUCGUCUGAAUUACCUAAACGUAAAUCAUUAGUUGGAACACCUUAUUGGAUGGCACCCGAAGUUAUAUCACGUCUUCCUUAUGGACCGGAAGUAGAUAUUUGGUCGUUAGGUAUAAUGGUUAUUGAGAUGUGUGACGGCGAGCCUCCCUUUUUCAAUGAACCUCCACUGCAAGCGAUGCGACGCAUUCGUGAUAUGCCUCCGCCUAAGCUUAAGAAUGUACAUAAAGUGUCGCCUCGUUUGCUGGCUUUUCUCGAGAAGAUGUUGGUUCGCGAACCAACACAACGUUCAAAUGCUUUGGAACUGCUUCAGCAUCCGUUCCUUCGACAGGCUGGUCCGCCAAGUCUUUUGGUACCAUUAAUGCGAUCCUUCCGUCACAGUCCCUGUUAAACACAUACAGCUAAUGACCACAAAAUUUAGAUAUUUUUGACAUUUGAUUGUAAUUUAUUUAUUAUUAUUGUAGCCAAUCAUGACAACUACUAUACUGUUAUUACAUAAUAAUAUCAUUAUUUUUUAUAAACAUUUACCAUAAUAUAUGUUGAAAUUAUGUUUCGGUUAUUACUAUUCCUAUACAAUAACUUUGUUAAAAAUCCGUCCAUUAAUUACUUAAUUUAAAAUCGAUUCGGUUAUUUG